AUGGUGCUGAAGGUUCUUAGCUACAACAUUUGGUUCAGCGAGCAUGCGAUGGGUCAGCGAAUGAGGGCCAUCGGAGAUCUGAUCCGGCACCACAGUCCAGAUCUCAUAGCAUUUCAGGAGAUGACGGUGGAGCACUGGAAUGCGCUCACGACGGCGGACAUGUCAGUGGAGAGAGGAGUGCCAGAGUGGCACGCCGAAUAUCAGUGGUCUCCGGUGCCGCCCCAGGAGUCGGCCGGCUAUUUCACAGUGUUGGGAAGUCGUUUUCCUUUCGACCGUAGUAGCAAGUUAUACCGGCAAGCGUUUCGGGACAGCAGCAUGGGCAGAGAUCUAUUGUGGUUGGAGACAGAAGUACCUGCAGAAGACGGAGUUGUCGGCAGACCCGUGGUGUUUGCGACUUCCCACUUGGAGUCGUUGAACAUGGCACUGGCCCGGAAGAAGCAGGCGGCCGAGGUCUUCAGGAUGUUCGAAAGGAAUGAGGACGUCAUCUUCUGCGGCGACACUAACAUCGGCAUCGGAGAGGACAUACCUCUGCCAGAACCUUGGCGGGACGGCUGGCUCGAAUUCCUGCGACGGCGGGAGGUCCAGGAUGUUGGUGCUCAGACGUCACAGUCAGGCGGCAUUCAUUCUGGGAAGCGAUACGCUGAUCACGGUUUCACUUUCGACUUCUCGGCGAACGAGAUGGUGUUUGUGCUUGACGGCUGGGCGCGCGCGAACAAAGCGAGGUUGCGGUACGACCGCUUCUGGCUCCGACUCAAGAAUUGGUACGUUGCGGAUUUCGACAUUAUUGGCGACGACCCGAUUCCAGGGGGGGAGAUGGAGAUACCAGGGCUUGAAAAGAGGGUGCCCGUUUACCCGAGCGAUCACUACGGAAUCGUGCUCACCUUGGCGGAGAAAACCCCGCCAACUGACGGCAACCCGGUGCCCGACGCGCAGGCGGGGACGCUUCCAGGGCUGGCCGUGGUCUCGGCGGUCAGCGUGGUCUCGAUCGCGGCCUUCUGGCUCCUCGGAGCCCUGGACGGCAAGCACGCGGCGAGGAUCAUGAACGACACGUCGAUGGGAGAGUUCUUCAAGUAUGCCUGCGAUCUCAUCAGCUCCGUGUUCCUCGUGGUGGUGCUAUGCUCCUUGCUGAUGGAGAAGGACUUGGACACACAGUGGUACUGCGUGCAAUCUCUCCAGCUCGUGUUUCUCCUGAAGCACUAUUCGGCUUUCACGCGCGAGGCAGGCCUGAGGUGA